UCUAGACUGUGCUCUCAUCGUUCAUCUGUUUAUUGUAGUCAGCGCCCCCUGCUGUCGGCUGAGCUCGUAUGUGGGCGUGGUUGUGCAUAUAUUAGUCGAAUGACUCGCCUGUCAACCAAUAGCGUGCCGCCGUGCGCUGAGCUCUGGUUGUCUGCGGGUCUGCGCUGCUCCGCUCGGAGGCUUUGUGUCGAGCAGGUGUUUAAGCGGAUAACACAUACACACAUACACGCACACACACACUUGAGCGAGAAUGUGAGCUCGACGCGAUGGACUGUCCGUGUUUCGGUCUCCCGAUGGAUGUCGGUGUUUUCCGGAGUUUCUCCAUCUCGGUUCUGUCGUCGGUUCUGGAGAGCUCGAGUCCGCUCAGCCCGCAGAGCAGUUCCUCAGGAGCCAGUGUUGUGGCCAUAGACAACAAGAUCGAGCAAGCCAUGGACCUGGUGAAGAGCCACCUGAUGUACGCGGUGCGUGAGGAGGUGGAGGUGCUGAAGGAGCAGAUUAAGGAGCUGAUGGAGAGGAACAGUCAGCUGGAGCAGGAGAACGCUCUGCUGAAGAACCUGUCCAGCCCCGAGCAGCUGCUGCAGUUCCAGACGCAGACGCAGACACAGAGCGGCUCUCCCACCUCCGGAGCACCGCCCACCCUCCCCACGGCCCCGGGCCCCGGACCCACCGCCUGACCUGUGACCCGCACACCGCACUGCUCCACGCUGCUUCUGUAACGCAUCAGACAAUCAGCACUGACCCACCCGGAGGUGAUUCCUCUGUCUGGUCACGUCCCGCAUGCUGAGGGACCCGCGUGCCGUCAGUCUGAGCCGGUGCCACAUGUGUUUAUUAGUGCUGUCAAACCAAUAAUCACAUCCAGAAUAAGAGUUGAUAUUCACCUAAUAUAGUCAUACAGUGCAGACGCGGUGUGUUCCUGUCUGUAUCCAUAUGUGCAUGACUGUGCUAAUAUAUAUAUACAAGACAAAUUAUAUAUAGGGGCUGCACGGUGGCGCAGUGGGUAGCAAAGCAAGAAGGUCUCUGGUUUGAGUCUCGGCUGGGUCAGUGUGUGUUUCUGUGUGGAGUUUGCAUGUUCUCCCUGUGUUGGUGUGGGUUUCCUCCGGGUGCUCCGGUUUCCCCCACAGUCCAAACACAUGCGCUAUAGGGGAACUGAUCAACUACACUGGCCGUAGUGUAUGAGUGUGUGUGUGAAUGAGUGUGCAUGGGUGUUUCCCAGUACAGGGUUGCAGCUGGAAGAGCAUCCGCUGCGUAAAACAUAUGCUGGAAUAGUUGGUGGUUCAUUCCACUGUGGCGACCCCUGAUGAAUAAAGGGACUAAGCUGAAGGAAAAUGAAUGAAACUAUAUAUAAAUAUAUAAGUAAAUAUAUUCCUUAUAGACAUUUAUGCACAUUCAUUCAUUUCAGCUGAGUCCCUUUAUUAAUCAGGGGUCACCACAGUGGAAUGAACCACCAACUAUUCCAGCAAAUGUUUUACGCAGCGGAUGCCCAUCCAGCUGCAACCCAACCCUGGGAAACAUUUAUGCACAUAGUGUGUGUGUAUUUAUAUAUAUAUAUAUACACAUAAAUAUAGGCAUUAUAGAAAUACAAACGUUUAUCCUGGAUGUGAUGAACUGUUCGACAGCUCUAGUUUUUAUUAGUGCUGACGAACAAUCGCGAUGAAUCACAUCCAGAAUAAAAGUAUCUAUUGUAUACUCCCUAUAUAUAUAUAUAACAUAGUGUUUUCUGUACAGUGUGUGUGUGUGUAAUUCUACAUAUAUCGAUAAAUAAUCACGGUGCACAUGUGUAUAUUAUGUAAAUACAGGCUUUAAUCUUGGAUGUGGUUAAUGGUCUUAUUUGUAAAUAUGAACGUGUGUUUUUCAGGAGACAAAAACUGUCCACAUUGCACAAGUGUCUCCUUAAAGCAAAGCUGAAUAAUCUGCAGCGUGUUUAAUAAAUAAUCUGAACAGGUUUCUUUAGCUGACCCCGCCGGCGGAGCAUUCAGCGUGCUUUAAGGAGAAGCUUGACUUGUUUUUCUGAAGAGGAGACGCGUGUGAGUAAGAGCGAGCGAUGACGAGAGCUGUCAGGACUCUGGGACUCAUUUGUGUAAAGACAUGCGCUGGAGCUCAACACACACACACCUGAUGAAGGAGUUCUGCUCAGAUUAAGUUAUUUGCCUUACAGUCCAUCGCUCUGGUCACAUGUCAGUCCGCCGAUGAUCGUGACCUUUGACCUCACAGUAUGUGCAUGUUUCCUUUAAACAUGUGACGUUGUACAGUUGCACUCAACAGCUGCACAGUGACUUUAAUAAAUGAGCAGGAAAUGAG